UUCAGCAAAACACUGUGACCCAUGCAGUUCAGGCUUUCAGCACAAGUCCGAGCGGUGCCGUCCCCACUCUCAAUAGAGGCAGUGGUUCACAUUUGUUUUUUUUUAAAAAAUGGGUUAAUUAUCCUUGCAAUUAGUCUUAUGGCAAUGUGAUGACAAACACAUUCAUGCUCUAUUGCCUGAGAAUAUGCGCUGCUUCAAUCCGCCACAAAGCCCUCAGCGCGUCCCUCCUGCAGUUGUUGCUUAUAAAUAUCCGGAACUCAGUGCUGCCGUGUCUGAUUAAACGAUAAGAGGCUGGGGGGUGAGGCAGCUUCAUUCCGGAUCGCUCACAGUCCCCACUGGCAGCAGCUCAUUGCAGCGGGCUCUUGUGAAGGGAGCUGACUGUGUGAAGGAGGAGCUGUGCCCGGAGCGGAUUGCCCUCUCAAACCGGGCUUAGUGUGUAUGUGUCGGGGGUGGAGGGGGGACUGACAGGCAGCGUCUCCCCUUCCACCUCCACUGCAAAAGUGGUGCGCUCCACAAGGCCCCGCUGAAAUUGAGUGUGUUUCCCCUGGCUGAUUCCGAAAUGGCUGGAGUCGAGACAAACCCGGGCGCGCUCCACUACGAGCAAACUUUGAUGUAUGGCAGAUAUACCCAAGACUUGGGUGUAUUUGCCAAAGAAGAAGCAGCUCGUUUGCGCCAAGAAAAGGACCAUACGAGAAUAUUUUCGAGAGAUCAUGUUAAUCGUGCUGAGCUAAUAGAGUAUGAUCGGAGCCGCUGUUCUAAAUGUAGAAUAUGCAGUGUGCGAUGUCAAACAUUCCUUAUCUCAAAAGUGGGAGAAGACUGGAUUUUCCUGAUACUGCUUGGAUUGUUGAUGGCUUUGGUCAGUUGGGCCAUGGAUUUUGCAAUCGCUAUGUGCCUCCAAGCUCAGAAAUGGAUGUACAGUGGCCUAGAGCACAACGUUUCUCUGCAGUACUUGGCCUGGGUCACUUACCCUGUUGUUCUUAUAACAUUCUCAGCAGGAUUUGUCCAGAUCAUUGCUCCUCAGGCUGUAGGAUCGGGGAUACCUGAGAUGAAGACAAUCCUUCGUGGAGUGGUGCUAAAAGAAUAUCUCACUUUAAAAACUUUUGUAGCCAAAGUGAUUGGUUUAACAUGUGCAUUAGGAAGUGGGAUGCCUUUAGGUAAAGAGGGACCUUUUGUUCACAUUGCAAGUAUGUGUGCUGCGUUGCUGAGUAAAUUCAUGUCACUGUUUGGUGGGAUUUAUGAGAAUGAAUCCAGAAACAUUGAGAUGCUGGCAGCUGCUUGUGCUGUCGGAGUUGGCUGUUGCUUUGCUGCACCAAUAGGAGGUGUCCUUUUUAGUAUUGAAGUAACAUCAACAUUUUUUGCUGUCAGAAAUUACUGGCGUGGUUUCUUUGCUGCUACCUUCAGUGCCUUUAUUUUCCGAGUUCUGGCUGUGUGGAACAAAGAUGAAGAAACCAUCACUGCCUUGUUUAAAACUCGAUUUCGUCUCGAUUUUCCAUUUGAUCUUCAAGAACUGCCAGCUUUUGCAGUCAUUGGGAUUGCUAGUGGUUUCGGUGGUGCCCUGUUUGUCUACUUCCACAGGAAGAUAGUGGCAAUCAUGAGAAAACAAAAAACCAUUAACAAGUUUUUGAUGAAAAAGCGGUUGCUUUAUCCAGCAUUGGUGACAUUGAUUAUUGCCACACUCUCAUUUCCUCCAGGAUUUGGCCAGUUUAUGGCUGGAGAGCUCACACAGAAGGAAACACUCGUCACUUUAUUUGAUAACAGGACCUGGGCCAAGCAAGGCAUUGCUGAAGAAUUUGACUACAUUGGGAUUUCGGAAGCCUGGAAACAUCCUCGAGCAAAUGUCUUUGUAACCUUAGUAAUUUUCAUCCUAAUGAAGUUCUGGAUGUCUGCACUAGCCACAACUAUUCCUGUACCAUGUGGUGCCUUCAUGCCAGUCUUCGUUAUUGGGGCUGCAUUUGGUCGCCUUGUUGGAGAGAGCAUGGCUGCUUGGUUUCCUGAUGGUAUCCACGCAGAUGGUAGUAUUUAUCGUAUUGUGCCAGGUGGAUACGCUGUUGUAGGGGCUGCAGCGCUGGCAGGUGCAGUGACCCACACGAUUUCCACCUCCGUGAUUGUUUUUGAGCUCACAGGCCAGAUCUCCCACAUCCUUCCAGUGAUGAUAGCAGUCAUUCUGGCCAAUGCUGUUUCCCAAAGUCUGCAGCCCUCUGUCUAUGACAGCAUUAUUCGCAUCAAGAAACUUCCGUAUCUUCCUGAGCUCGGUUGGGGACAUCUUGAGAAAUAUAACAUCCGUGUUGAAGACAUAAUGGUAAGAGACAUCCACUUUGUCAUUGUAAACUGCAAGUAUAGAGACCUGCAAGAUCUCCUUCACUGCACAAAACUCAAACACCUUCCUCUUGUUGAGUCAGCAGAUUCCAUGAUUCUACUGGGCUCCAUUGAAAGGAGUCAGUUGCAAACUCUUAUUGAUAAUCAGUUGAGUCGACGGCGGAGGAUGGACUAUCUGAAAGAGAAAGCUCAGACCGAGAAGAAGAUGGAUGCAGAUAGCCACCGAAUUAUUGAUGAAGGAAUCAAAGAUGUGCAUGAUCCUGGGGUCAGAUUUGAGAUUGGUACUGAGGAGUCGUCAUUUUCUCCAACUCGAAAUGGAUCACAGAAGCCAUUGAAACCAGCAUUAAAACGAGUUCCAAGCAGUUCUCAUGAUAUUGCAUCAGGAACAGGUCCCCUAGAUCAAACCGGAAUUGCACUGAAAAGUCUGUUCUGUGUAAACCCAACGGAUGAACCAGGAGAGGAUCAGUAUGAGAUUGAAGAUGACAUGACUGCAUCAGAGAUUGCUGAAUGGGAGGACAAACAGUUUGAAGAGCAAGUGGACUUCAACAAUUGUAAGAUUGACCCAGCACCCUUCCAACUUGUAGAAUGGACGUCACUGCACAAGACUCACACCAUGUUCUCUCUCUUGGGACUUAACCAUGCUUAUGUAACCAGCAUUGGAAAGCUAAUUGGAGUGGUAGCUCUUAAAGAGCUGAGAAAGGCCAUCGAAGGAUCAGUCACAUCAAAAGGGGUGAAGAUGCGUCCACCAUUGGCUAGUUUCAGGGAAAGUGGCAAUAGCAGCAGUGAGUCAGAUACCACAGAGAUUCACAAGCUGUGGGACAGAAGGGAGAGCCUUACACUUCCUCGUGAAUCCAGUCCAUCAGACACAGAUGACAAAUCACACUGAACAAGCCUUGCAGGGAACAAAUUGCCUCAAAAUAACUGCACUAUUCACAUUUAAUGCACUUGAUUUUGGAUGAGGAAAUGAAAUCUUUCUUUCAGCUGUUGUCAGAAGUGUUGGGAAUUGUGAUGCACUUCUAAACAAUAGACGUUAAAAGCACUGAUUGUACGUCUUGUUGGCAAGUUUCUGGAGUUUUCUUCCAGUGAGCAUAUGUUAAUGAAUAGCUUUUUUUUCAAACUAGAAUGAAACCUAAUCUAUUAAUUGAUAAGCUAAAGUCUGAAAGUAAUUGUAUUGAGUCUUUGUGUUUGAUAGUUAACAAAAUGAUUUCACGUCCAGUAGGAAUUAAUGUGUGGACUUAUUUCUCAGCAGUUUAUGUCCUGAAAAUAUCAAAACAUGGUUUGUCCAGUGUUUACGCAAUAAGCUUGUAUCGUCUGGGGUGAUGCACUCAAAUUUCUUUUGAAAUGGAUUUUCAGCAUUUCAAUUGGAAAUUUGAAGUGAACUGUGGGAAUAUGCUGUGUUGAACUGAUGUAUGGGGCCAAUUCUUGUGUCUGACCCAAACAUUCUAGUGUGCCAGUGAAAUAAGUCCAUAGGAUGAGCUGUAUUAAUGUGCAAUUUGUUUUGCAUGGAAACUGCGCACCAGUCUGGUCCAGAAUAUUGUUUGACUGCACUCAGCUAAUUUUCAAGAAAUAUUAUUAUUCUAUUCAUAGCUAUGUAACAUACAGAGCCCUCUGACUAAUAAUGUAAGGAAGUGUUUUUUUUGAAGGUUUUAUACACAUGGUCUUUUUUUGCCUACCAGUUGUAAAUUCUACUAAUGAAAUUGAAUCAGGUUGCUGCUUGAACAGCAGCUGGUAGUUUGGCAAAGCUGCUACCCAUGCUAAAAUAUUCCCAUUGUAACUUCUGUGUUAGUUAGAAUGCCUAUUUCAAUGAAAAUUAUUCCACAGUCACUGCAGCAGGUCUGUUUCAAUGUUAAUACCUCAUAACUUGUGUAUCCAGUGAAGGAGUUAUAGGCUACUGAAUCUUAUUAUAAGCAAUACAGCUUCUGAUCAAAAAUUAACACAGGAUAAAUUACAUAUAAAUUCCUACUGUAAAUCAAAGCCUUUCAAUUUGAAUGUUAGUCCACUUUCAUUUAUGUCUAAAGUAUUGGCUUUCUCCCACCACUUGAAUUCUUCACAGAGCAGGUGAACUAUUAUUUCCAUAAGGGGACCAAGUCUGCGAGAAAAAGAAACCUAUGUCCUUUUCCUUGUUGUGAUUAUUUUUCCUCAAGUAUGCACCACUGGUAUAUUCUGCAUGAUAAAUAGAUACUGUACUGUCCUGGCUUGGGUUUUGCAGUCGUAAUUAGGGAAACAGUCAGUUUCGCUGUCAUUCCUCACCUUAAAUUGUAGCUUUGGGAGCCUGCACGUGUGCAGUUAAAUGUUGAGAUCCAGAAGUUGCUGUUGAUGAUUCAAGGGUAUGCUGUUGAUGUCUCCACAGACUGUGAACCAAUAGAAAUCACUGAACUGGUGAAAACCUCCUGUUUUAAGCUGUUAGUUGUGCUGUAGAAAUCUCUAGAAAAUUCGCACCUUGUUGAAUAUAAUGUAACUGGAUCUUUAAUAGUGUUUAUAAAUAAUGCUGACCAGCUACAUUAUCACUGAACAACUAAUUUUAUGUUAGUGUAACAUCAAAUGUCUCAAUAAUGAUAAAGUGCAAUUUUUAGCCUCUUUUUAAAAACAAAUUUGUUAGUGAUAUUUCAGUUUUAACUUUAAUUCUAUAUGUUUGUCCCAGUCAUCUAAUUUGCCAUUUGUAAAUUGUAAACAUUGAAAAUAUAGUGCAUUUUACUUCCUGCUUUCUGCUGUUUGAAUACUCCAAUGUGAUUGACUGCUCAACUGCUGCUGGAUCACAUCACUGCUGUUGGAUGACUGGAGAGCCCUUUACCUUGAUUCCAGAUUCAAAGCACAAAGCUUGCUAGAACUUUGAGGGCAACUUUCUUCAAGUUAAGCAGCAAGUGUUGUUACUUUGUCUCUGACUGCAAUAUCUGGGCCAUUUUGUUGAAGGAAAUUCUAAAUGUUAAAUAUAGUUGCAAGUGAAAUGAUACACAGAAAACAGUUGAAUGUACAAACAAAAAAGAUUGGUUCAAUCUAUGUACAUUCAAGAUAAUUAUAAAGCUAACAGCUGUUAGUUGACUGAAACAGGCCUUCAUAGACCAUUGUAUACAUACAGUCAUGGAUGAGCCAGUACUUAGGUGAACAUCAGAAUUCAGAUUCACAAAUAAACUGAACUACAAUUGACCAGCUAGUGUCUUCAUUCCAAAACAAAAUCCUGUCUUGUCACUGAUAUAAAUGUUGAAGUCUCAGGAUAAAUUCAGCAAGGCAAAUCUCCCAGCAGAAAGAUUCAAGAAUAGGGAAGUAUGAGUAACAACAUUGUUAAAUGACUUAUCUCAGUCCACACAUGAUCUAAUAAUGAUUUACACUAAAAGAGGAAACUUGCUGAAGUUAACCUACUGCCUAUCUCACUUCCAAGAGUUCCUCUCAUGCUGAUGGGGGUGAUGAAUUAACAUGCCUCCCAAGCUUUGAGCAUGUAUACAUACACAUCUGUGAAAGACACACUGUCCAGUCACUCAAACUUUGAUUUAAGUAAUUUUUUAAUACCAAGCAAAACAAUAGCAAAGUCAAUAAGAAGAUUUUGAUGGAAGUAAUGAUGAUUAUUUUUGCCUAAAAGAAACCCUCUUGGGAAGAGUCAAGGAGCUCUAUACAAUGCCAGAAGUCAACUUCCAAUGUGCCUUUAUCCUGUCUAUACAGUGGAAAAAAAUAUAAUGCAGAAACCUUACCAUCCUGUCAUAGAUUAAUGCCUGCGUCCUUUUC